GACGCUUGCCGGCUGCCAGAAGUUUGUUAGACAUUCCUGGCGCACUUGCGCCAACAGCCGUCCCCUGGCCUCGCCCCCAUCUAUAUCCCUUGCGCUGUCAGGGUCCAAACACUGAAUCAACGCGGCUGCUGUGCGGCGUUUUCCACCGCUGCCAUGCUGACCAAAUUUGAAUCCAAGUCGGCGCGCGUCAAGGGCGUCGCGUUUCAUCCCAAACGCCCCUGGGUGCUGGCCAGCUUGCACAAUGGUGUGGUUCAGUUGUACGACUACCGCAUGGGCACGCUCAUUGACAAGUUUGAUGAGCACGAUGGCCCCGUGCGCGGUAUCGACUUCCAUCCCUCGCAACCCCUCUUUGUUUCCGGCGGUGAUGACUACAAGAUCAAGCUGUGGAACUACAAGACACGCCGUUGCCUCUUCACUCUGCUCGGCCAUCUCGACUAUAUUCGCACGACUUUCUUCCACAAGGAGAAUCCAUGGAUCAUCUCCGCCUCGGAUGAUCAGACCAUCCGCAUCUGGAACUGGCAGGGCCGCUCCUGCAUUUGCGUGCUGACGGGUCACAACCACUACGUCAUGUGCGCCAACUUCCACCCCACCGAUGAUUUGGUCGUCUCUGCUUCGCUGGAUCAAAAUGUGCGUGUUUGGGACAUUUCCGGGCUUCGCAAGAAGAACAUGGCCCCUGGUGGACUGGCGCUUGGUCCUGGCCGCGAUAAAGAUGGCGAUCUCUUUGGCUCGGCAGAUGCCACCGUCAAGCAUGUUCUUGAGGGCCAUGACCGCGGCGUCAACUGGGCUGCCUUCCACCCGACCAUGCCCCUGAUCGUGUCAGCUGCUGAUGAUCGCACAGUCAAGCUUUGGCGCAUGAAUGACUCCAAGGCUUGGGAAGUGGAUACCUGCCGUGGCCACUUCAACAACGUGUCGUGCGCCAUCUUCCACCCACGCCAAGAGGUCAUCCUCAGUAACGCGGAAGACCGCUCGAUUCGCGUGUGGGAUAUGCAGCGUCGUGCCGCCGUACAAACCUUCCGCCGUGAACACGACCGCUUCUGGGUGAUUGCGGCGCAUCCGGAGCUCAACCUCUUUGCUGCUGGUCACGAUAGCGGCCUCGUUGUUUUCAAGCUUGAGCGCGAGCGCCCCGCAUACGCGAUCCACGGCAACAAACUGCUGUACGUCAAGGAUCGCCAGAUUCGCACUUACGAGUUUGGCAGCUCUAAAGACGUUCCAGCCAUGACGAUUCGUAAGCAUGGUACCGGCGCGCCCCAGAACGGCAUCCAUACCAUGUCCUUCAACCCAGCCGAGAACGCCGUCCUGGUCACCGCCCAGACGGAUGGUGGCGUUUACGAGCUCUACAACCUGCCCAAGGAUGGCUCGGGCGAAGACACAAGCAGUGAAGGCAAACGUGGCGCCGGCAAGUAUGCCACCUGGGUGGCGCGCAACCGUUUUGCGGUGCUCGACAAGUACAACACGGUCCUCAUCAAGAGCUUGAGCAACGAGACAACCAAGAAAAUCACCCCACCCUCCGCAACAGAAGCCCUCUUCUACGCCGGUACUGGCAACCUCCUGCUCGGUGCAGCCGACUCGGUGACGCUCUUUGAUGUGCAGCAACGCCGCGCCUUGGCUACUCUGACGGUGGCCAAAGUGAAGUACGCCAUCUGGAACAAGGACAACACCCGUGUGGCGCUUCUGGGCAAACACAUGAUCACCAUCUGCGACCGCAAGCUCAAGCAAUUGGCCAGCAUUCAUGAGACCAUUCGCGUCAAGAGUGCUGCCUGGGACGAGAGUGGCGUUCUCAUUUACACGACCCUCAACCACAUCAAAUAUGCCCUCCCCAACGGUGACAGCGGUAUCAUUCGCACCCUUGAUUCCCCCAUCUACAUCACCAAGGUCAAGGGCAGCAACGUUUACUGCCUGGACCGCGACGUCAAGACGGCCGUGCUGGCCAUCGACCCCACCGAAUAUCAGUUUAAGCUGGCUCUUGUGUCGCGUCAGUACGAUCAGGUCCUCUAUAUGGUGCGCAACGCCAAGUUGCCGGGCCAAUCAAUCAUCGCCUACCUGCAACAAAAAGGCUACCCCGAGGUGGCCCUGCACUUUGUCAAGGACCAACGCACGCGCUUUGGCCUGGCCCUUGAGUGUGGUAACAUCCCGGUGGCCUUGGAGGCAGCCAAGGAGCUUGACGAUCCGGCCUGCUGGAAUCAGCUUGCUGAAGUGGCCCUGGUGCAUGGUGAGCACCUUGUGGUCGAGCUGGCUUACCAGCGCACCAAGAAUUUUGAGAAGCUCUCUUUCUUGUACCUCAUCACUGGCAACCUGGGCAAGCUGCGCAAGCUCAUGACCAUUGCUGGAGACCGUGGAGACAUUAGCGGGCAAUUUCAGAGCGCCCUCUUCCUCGGCGAUGUGGAAACACGCAUCAACAUCCUGCAGAAAACCAACCAAGGGCCCCUGGCCUACCUGACCGCCGCGACGCAUGGCCUGGCCGAGCAAGCCGACGCCAUCGCCGCUCAACUCGGCAUGGAGGCUGAUCAGCUGCCCCCUACCAACCCGGACAGCUGUCUACUUGUACCUCCGGAACCUGUCUCCUCGGAGCAGGGCAACUGGCCCCUGCUGAACAUGAGCAAGGGUUUCUUCGACAACCAAAACUCGGGUGCGACCGGCUCUUUUGCUGCGGGUGAUGUUGACGACAUGCCGGAGGGCGAUGCCUGGGGCGAGGAUGACCUUGACUUGGACGAGGAUGGCGAGGUGAUCGCGGCCGAGGCGGCAGACGGCGAGGAUGCUGACGCUGGUGCUGGUUGGGGUGAGGACGAUGACGACCUUGAUCUCGAUCUCGACAUUGAGCUUGAGGCCGAAACCAGUGCCGGCGAUGCCGAUACGGGCUACUUUGUGGCACCCACCGCGGGCUCAUCGCUGGCGCAGGCCUGGGUCAGUACCAGCAGCGUGAUUGCCGACCACGUGGCGGCUGGUGCCUUUGAUACGGCGAUGCAGAUUAUGCAAAAGCAGCUGGGCAUCGUGGUGUUUGCGCCUUUUGAAAAGGCUUUCUUGACCGCGUACGCCCGCGCGCGCGUGGCGGUCCCCGGCACGGCCUCGACGGCACCUUUGCUUCUCCACUCGUUGCGCAACUGGAAGGAUGCCACCCCACGCAAUGCUCUGCCUGCCGUGGGUGUCAAGCUUUCGGCGCUCGCUGAACAACUCCAGGCGGGCUACGCUGCCACGACCAAGGGCAAGUUUGAGGCGGCCAUUGAUAUCAUGCGAGAUAUUCUCCUGAGCAUUCCAUUGCUUGUGCUGAACACGAAGAGCGAGCAGAGUGAAGCUGAACAGCUGGUCGACAUUUGUCGCGAAUACAUCUUGGGCCUUUCCAUGGAGUUGGCCCGCCGUGAUAUUGCAAAGGAUCCUUCGCAAGCAGCACGGGCAGCAGAGCUGGCGGCCUACUUUUCGCACUGCAACCUGCAGACAGUGCAUUUGAUCUUGACGCUCAACACAGCCCAGACCCUGUUCUUCAAGCUGAAAAACUUUAAAACAUGCUCGUCGUUUGCUCGCCGCCUGCUUGAGCUAGGCCCCAAGCCUGAGCUUGCCACCAAGUCCAAGAAAAUUCUGCAGGCCUGCGAUAAAUCGCCCACGGACGCCGUGGACUUGGACUACGACCAGCACAACCCCUUCAAUGUGUGCGGCAAGACCUAUAAGCCCAUCUACAAGGGCUCUCCCAUGGUCAAAUGCGCCUAUUGCUCGGCCGCGUAUGUGCCCAGCUUAGAAGGCCAAGUUUGCACGGUGUGCCGGGUUGGCAAGAUUGGUGGCACGAGCAUCGGUGGCCUUGCCGCCCUCCGCUUUGGCUAAGCUUUUAUUCCUGGCGAAAGCGGGUGUCAUGACCUAUUGCUUCUGGUUCGUGUGCUCUUACAAUCAUUUGGUGCUGUGAGGUCUUUCCAUCGUACAAUUUUUCUUCGCGGGCUGCAGAUGUUCGACCUUGUCUCGAUGUAGUGUGUGUGUGGUUGUGCGCGUGGCAUGCUGAGGCAUUAUUUUGUGCUCCUUACCCCUGCGGCAUCGCGCACCAUGCGUCUGUCAUUUGCUCAAAGAAUCGAAAAGGAUGUAAGCAC